CAUACUUCGAUGGGCCCAUCAUGGGCAUUGUCAUACUGGCAGGACCUCCUCCAAACCAUCCAAUAUUCUUAUCCAUCGCACAUUCGUCUUCUAGUCGAAGCUACAGGGGGCAAUCCAAUCACCGCGCAAUGCAAAAGUCGUUGUUGUCGCAAGGCUAGGCUUCAUACGCCGCCUGCUUGACCUAGCGAAAGCGUUAUCUUUCAUCAGCGGCUGGACUGGCUCGUUAUAUCAAACUGCAUCGAUGUCGAAAUCAAGAGCGAUCAUGUCAUUCAACCAGUUCCUCAACAGUUCGCAAUACAGUGUGCAACAGUCGACGAGGAUACAGUCCCUCCUUUUUGCGGGACUAGCCGUUGCCUUCAUACCGCUGUCGACAGUACUGCUCUUUAUGAACUACCUGUACAUCUCAUUCACCGACCGGAACAUUCUCCGGCGGCGGCCUCACGAACAAGCUGAGUUGGGCUCAAAGACGGUGCUACUCAGUGGGAUCAACACUCCCCAAGGACUUCGACUGGCCCGAGCAUUCCACGAGAAUGGCCACAGAGUGGUCGGGGCAGACCAUGAGCCGGGGGGUAUUCCGACGUAUUCUCGAUUCUCUCGAGUCUUGAACAGCUUCUACCGCCUACCCGCCGGAUCUGGGGAGAGACAAGCUCUUGCCUACAUCCGAACAUUGGUCCGCGUCAUCGAGGAAGAGCACGUCGACCUUUGGAUCAACUGUACCAGCGGCGCCGAUCCCAGCGUCGAAGGCCACGCGAGGACGGUCAUUGAAACGGCCACAAACUGUCGCUGCUUCGCGCUUCGUAUGGACGAUCUUCCUCACUUUUCAUCGCGAGAGGCGUUUUUGGCCCUGGUCAAAGGCAUGGGCCUUUCUGUACCGGAACUACACCAGGUGAAAUCCAGGGACGAAGUCCACAGCGUAUUGAAUAGAUCACGUGGUACUAGGAGGUACAUGCUUUACAGCCCCGGCCAAGCUGGAGUCGAAGUUACCUCCGUCAGGACAAUGCUCCCACGUCGAACGUUGAGUCAGACCUAUCAAACACUCUCACUUGUUCCCAUCAAGAAGACCAGCUCAGAGUCGUGGAGGCUCGAGCAGAUCACAGAAUGGAUGCCAAGGUAUUCCACCUUUGCCGUUAUUGUCCAAGGUUCUGUCACAGCCUUUUCCGCAAGUCGGCAAGCAGACACCGGGUGCAUCGAAGCAGCGGAUCCCGGCUCUGCUCUUUUCCGGUCCUUGCUUCGCAUUGUGCAGACAUUUGCGGACAAGCAAGGUGAUGACUUCACCACUCACAUCGGAAUCGACUUUUGCGUUGAAGAGCAAGUCACAGACACUGGAACUGUGCAGAAUAUCCUGCUUGUGCAAGCCUCCCCUGGCUCUCUGGCUGGCGUGUUGCUGUUCCAAGGUGCAGAAGCUUCGGCUCAAAUAUGUCACGCCUACUUAUCCCUUCUGUCGGAACCUAUCAAAAAUUGCAACGACCACGUCCUGCCUGCUCUGUCAGCUCCCCAACAAUCCUCGCAUCAUCAAGUGGCUACGCCAGUCGUUCUCUCGAGUGGCGUGUACUGUCUUGGUCGAGACCUGCUGAAACUCGGAUAUGAGCCGCUCAUGAAGGUGGUCAGGCUGCAGAUCGGUGUGGCUGAUUUGCUUAGGAGCUGGCUAUCUCUCCUCCAGCAUCUUUUCCUGUGGCAGGACGAGAUAUAUAGUUCCCAAGACCCUGUACCCUUCUGGUGGUCUUACCAGGUGUACAUUCCUUUGCGACUGUUAGUCGCUAUAGUAGGGAAGGCUGAGACUGGCAAGAGUACCGGCAAUAUUGAGACUGGCAGGUGUACCGGCAACAGUCAGAAUGGGGUCGAUGUUCAUUUGGCGAAUGGGAAAGAGGUCGCAUUGGUAUGACAGCUUGCUUGGGUCUUCACAUCUCUUCGCAGCGGAGCAGAUCAAACGCGCCAUUAUCGUUUAUAUAGAUAUGUCUUGGAAUAUCGACAGAUACUGUCCUACACACAAUCAUGAUACCGAUGCUCAGAUAGUCCAAUC